GCGUGAGCCUGUGCGUGUACUCACACGCGUGUUUUGGCAGGGGUGAAUCACAAGAGGACUCGCAGUUGACACCCAGACUCACCAAAAAACUGAACUGUGAAUUUGGGGAGGCAGGUACGUGCUGGGAAGAAAGCUAAAAGAGAACAACAGCUUUGUGUGCUGAUGAAGUAAACAGACAGUUGCAGAUCUGAUCUCUUCUGAACACCUCAUCGUGUCUCCAUCCCUGGGAAUCUGACCCUAGCAACUGGACCAUUUUGUUCUUGGAAUUUUGGGUGUCCUCUCUUCUCACCUUUCCCUUUUCCCUUUUCCCCUUCCCCCUCCUGAGAACUUCUGAAGACUGUAGAGAUUGUCAUGGAGUCCAGGGAAACCUUAAGCAGCUCCCGGCAAAGAGGGGGCGAGUCAGACUUCCUGCCGGUCUCCUCAGCCAAGCCCCCAGCUGCUCCUGGCUGUGCAGGAGAACCUUUGCUCUCCACUCCAGGACCUGGGAAGGGGAUCCCGGUGGGCGGAGAACGCAUGGAGCCAGAGGAGGAGGAUGAACUAGGCUCAGGGCGGGAUGUGGAUUCCAACUCCAACGCGGACAGUGAGAAAUGGGUGGCAGGAGAUGGUUUGGAAGAGCAGGAAUUUUCUAUCAAGGAGGCAAACUUCACAGAGGGAAGUCUGAAGCUAAAGAUUCAGACCACAAAGCGGGCUAAGAAACCCCCAAAGAAUUUGGAGAACUAUAUAUGUCCACCUGAGAUCAAGAUCACCAUCAAGCAGUCUGGGGACCAGAAGGUGUCCCGUGCUGGAAAAAACAGCAAAGCCACGAAGGAGGAAGAAAGAAGCCACUCCAAAAAGAAGCUCCUCACAGCCAGUGACCUUGCAGCCAGUGACCUCAAAGGAUUUCAGCCACAGGCUUACGAGAGGCCCCAGAAACAUUCAACUCUCCAUUAUGACACAGGCCUCCCACAGGACUUCACCGGUGACACCUUAAAACCAAAGCACCAGCAAAAAAGCAGCAGCCAGAACCACAUGGACUGGUCCACCAACUCUGACAGCGGACCUGUCACUCAGAAUUGCUUCAUCAGUCCAGAGUCUGGCAGAGAAACUGCAAGCACCAGCAAGAUCCCAGCUCUUGAGCCCGUGGCUUCCUUUGCAAAGGCCCAGGGUAAGAAAGGCAGUGCAGGGAACACGUGGAGUCAGUUGUCUAACAAUAACAAAGAUCUGCUUUUGGGAGGUGUGGCACCAUCCCCAAGCAGCCACAGCUCACCAGCCCCACCCAGCAGCUCUGCUGAGUGCAGCGGGCUUCAGCCCUUGGUGGAUCAAGAUGGAGGAGGUACAAAGGAGCCCCCAGAACCACCUACUGUGGGCAGCAAGAAAAAGUCCAGUAAGAAGGAUGUGAUAAGUCAGACCAUACCAAACCCAGACCUGGAUUGGGUCAAGAAUGCCCAGAAAGCAUUUGACAAUACAGAAGGGAAAAGGGAAAGUUAUUCCACAGAUAGUGUCCAGGAGGCAUCACCAGCCAGGCAGAACGUGAGUUCUGCCAGUAAUCCUGAAAAUGACUCAAGUCAUGUCCGGAUUACUAUCCCCAUCAAGGCACCCUCUCUGGAUCCAACCAACCAUAAGAGGAAAAAGAGACAGUCCAUUAAAGCGGUGGUGGAAAAGAUCAUGCCAGAGAAAGCCCUGGCUUCUGGAAUCACUAUGAGCAGUGAAGUAGUUAACAGGAUACUUUCCAACUCUGAGGGGAGUAAGAAGGAUCCCCGUGUCCCUAAGUUGGGUAAAAUGAUAGAGAAUGAGUCCCCCUCAGUUGGCCUUGAAACUGGUGGAAAUGCUGAGAAAGUUAUCCCAGGAGGUGUGUCUAAGCCACGGAAGCCACCCAUGGUCAUGACACCUCCAACGUGCACAGAUCACUCUCCAUCCAGAAAGCUGCCGGAAAUCCAACAUCCAAAAUUUGCUGCAAAACGAAGGUGGACUUGCAGCAAACCAAAACCCAGCACCAUGCUUCGAGAGGCAGUUAUGGCCACCUCUGAUAAACUGAUGCUGGAGCCCCCAUCUGCGUAUCCCAUCACCCCAUCCAGCCCUCUCUACACCAACACAGACAGUCUUACUGUGAUCACUCCAGUCAAAAAGAAGCGGGGACGACCAAAGAAGCAGCCUUUGCUCACAGUCGAGACGAUUCAUGAGGGAACUUCCACCAGCCCCGUCAGUCCCAUCAGCCGAGAGUUUCCUGGCACUAAGAAAAGAAAGCGACGACGCAAUUUAGCGAAGUUGGCCCAGCUAGUGCCGGGAGAGGACAAACCCAUGAGCGAGAUGAAAUUUCACAAGAAAGUUGGAAAGCUCGGCGUGUUGGAUAAGAAGACCAUCAAAACUAUCAAUAAGAUGAAGACACUCAAGAGGAAAAACAUCUUGAACCAGAUCUUGUCCUGUUCCAGCAGCGUUGCUCUGAAGGCAAAAGCUCCCCCAGAGACCAGCCCUGGGGCAGCAGCCAUUGAAAGCAAACUGGGCAAGCAGAUUAAUGUCAGCAAGAGGGGAACCAUCUACAUUGGCAAGAAGCGGGGCAGGAAGCCAAGAGCAGAGCUGCCACCCCCAUCCGAAGAACCCAAAACAGCCAUCAAGCACCCCAGGCCUGUUUCUAGCCAGCCGGAUGUUCCAGCCGUGCCUUCCAACUUUCAGUCACUUGUGGCAUCUUCACCAGCAGCUAUGCACCCACUUUCAACACAGUUAGGUGGGUCCAAUGGCAACCUGAGCCCUGCCAGCACUGAAACCAAUUUUUCAGAGUUGAAAACUAUGCCAAAUCUCCAGCCCAUCAGUGCUCUUCCAACCAAAACCCAAAAGGGAAUACACAGUGGAACCUGGAAGCUGUCUCCACCCAGACUGAUGGCCAACUCCCCUUCACACCUGUGCGAGAUUGGCUCCCUAAAGGAAAUCACGCUGUCCCCUGUGAGUGAGUCCCACAGUGAGGAGACGAUCCCCAGCGACAGCGGCAUUGGGACAGACAACAACAGCACUUCUGACCAAGCGGAGAAGAGCUCAGAAUCCCGAAGGAGGUACUCUUUUGAUUUCUGCUCCCUGGACAACCCGGAGGCCAUUCCGUCCGACACCAGCACAAAGAACCGGCAUGGCCACCGGCAAAAGCAUCUCAUUGUGGACAACUUUCUGGCCCACGAAAGCCUCAAGAAGCCAAAGCACAAGAGGAAACGGAAAAGCCUGCAAAACCGCGAUGACCUCCAGUUUCUGGCAGACCUGGAGGAGCUCAUCACCAAGUUCCAAGUGUUCAGAAUCUCCCACCGGAGUUACACCUUCUACCACGAGAAUCCAUAUCCCAGCAUUUUUCGGAUUAAUUUUGAUCACUAUUACCCAGUGCCAUAUAUCCAGUAUGACCCGUUGCUCUAUCUUCGUAGGACUUCAGACUUGAAGUCAAAGAAGAAGCGUGGUAGGCCUGCAAAAACCAAUGACACCAUGACAAAGGUGCCUUUUUUACAAGGGUUCAGCUACCCUAUUCCCAGUGGAAGUUACUAUGCACCCUAUGGAAUGCCUUACACAUCAAUGCCUAUGAUGAACCUUGGUUAUUACGGUCAGUACCCAGCUCCUUUGUACCUAUCGCACACGCUUGGAGCAGCUUCCCCGUUCAUGAGGCCAACAGUGCCACCACCUCAGUUCCACACAAACUCCCACGUAAAGAUGUCCGGUGCAGCUAAGCAUAAAGCCAAGCAUGGAGUACACCUGCAGGGACCUGUUAGCAUGGGCCUUGGUGACAUGCAGCCUUCUCUGAAUCCUCCCAAGGUAGGCAGUGCCAGUCUGUCCAGCGGUCGGCUCCAUAAGAGGAAACACAAACACAAGCAUAAGCACAAGGAAGACCGGAUCCUAGGGACCCACGACAACCUGAGUGGUCUCUUUGCAGGCAAAGCCACAGGCUUCUCCAGCCACAUCCUGAGCGAGCGGCUGAGUAGCGCAGACAAAGAGCUCCCGCUGGUGAGUGAGAAGAACAAGCAUAAGGAGAAACAGAAGCACCAGCACAGUGAAGCCGGCCACAAAGCUUCUAAGAACAACUUCGAGGUGGACACCUUGUCUACACUGUCACUUUCCGACGCCCAGCAUUGGACACAGGCCAAGGAAAAAGGAGACUUGAGCAGUGAGCCUGUGGACUCAUGCACAAAAAGAUACUCUGGCAGUGGCGGGGAUGGUGGCAGCACGAGAUCGGAGAACCUGGACGUGUUCAGUGAAAUGAACCCUUCGAAUGACAAGUGGGACAGUGACGUGAGUGGGAGUAAAAGGAGGAGCUAUGAAGGCUUUGGAACGUACAGGGAAAAGGACAUCCAAGCCUUCAAGAUGAACCGCAAGGAGAGAAGUUCUUAUGACUCCUCCAUGUCUCCAGGGAUGCCAAGUCCCCACUUAAAAGUGGACCAGACAGCAGUGCAUAGUAAGAACGAAGGCUCAGUGCCCACCAUGAUGACCAGGAAGAAGCCAGCCGCAGUUGACAGUGUUGCAAUUCCACCAGCCCCAGUGUUAUCUCUCCUUGCUGCAUCCGCAGCAACAUCGGACGCAGUCGGCUCCUCCCUGAAGAAGAGGUUCAAGCGGCGGGAGAUCGAAGCCAUCCAGUGCGAAGUGCGGAAGAUGUGCAACUACACCAAGAUCCUGUCCACCAAGAAGAACUUGGACCACGUGAACAAGAUCCUGAAGGCCAAGCGGCUGCAGAGACAAUCAAAAACAGGCAACAACUUCGUGAAGAAGAGGCGCGGGCGUCCCAGGAAGCAACCCACCCAGUUCGAUGAGGACUCCAGAGACCAAAUGCCGGUGCUGGAAAAAUGCAUCGACCUGCCCAGCAAAAGGGGCCAGAAGCCCAGCCUGAGCCCGCUGGUGCUGGAGCCCGCCGCCAGCCAAGACACCAUCAUGGCCACCAUCGAAGCGGUCAUCCACAUGGCCCGGGAGCCUCUACCCAAGACCCCCCGAGGCGGAAAGAGGAAACACAAACCGCAGGCCCCCGCUCAGCCCCCGCAGCAGCCGCCCCCGCAGCAGCCCCUUCCCCAGGAAGAGGAGGUGAAAGCCAAAAGGCAGAGGAAGUCCCGAGGGAGUGAGAGCGAGGUCCUUCCCUAGGGCGGGUCUGGGCGUCUGCACCUGGGGCCUAGGGAACUGACACGUGGGAAGCGCAGUGGGCUGGGGCGGAAUCCCCGGCUGCAGGGACACCCACGCCCUUCUCUCCAGAAGCCGGGCAGGCAGAAUCCGGCCAGACGACGGGCUGAGCCAUCAGGAGCUCUAGGGAAAGCAAAGCAGGGAGAUAUCUUCAGAAGAAGCUUGUCAGCUUCACCGCAGCUCCCACCACGCGGCGCUUCAGUACGGCUGGAUCGUCCGCAGGCAAGCGGAAGGCCCCCAGGAGGAGCAGGCUGGUGGCGCUCUCCUGACCUCCCGCUGCCAAGGUGCGCCCUCGACUCCGAUUUCAUUUGCUGGCCAGGAAAAUCGAAAGGGAAACACCCUCAAUUAGGAAACAUUCCAAGGGGAGAAAAGCUGCAAAUUGCUCAACUGGCAUUGCUGUAACCCGUUCCAUUUAAUUGGUUUUUAUUUCUUUUGAUUUUCAAGCUCUGCUAAGCUUUGGGGUACCAACGUCAUCUUCAGGUGACCUGAAUCUUUCCCUUAACCGUACAGUUUCUCAGAUGGAAUUGUGUGAUCAGAAGGUGGAGUUCUAGUGAUAGGCGACCUUAGACCCGCAUUCAUGUUCUGUGUGCCUCUUCUGUCGCACAUACACUGAUUUUUAGCGUUGUCUAUUCCUACUUUUCCUUUGCCCGUUGUACUUCCAUAUAUCUUUUCAUUAACGUACUUGCUGCUUUUUUUUUUUUUAAAUCUUGGUACACAUUUAAAUAAUACAAUUCUUAACCUGUGCUGUAAA